GUCAAUAGCAUACUUGUUCUCCGAAUGCUAACGUGGAUCUCCUCCUCUCUCUUGUCCCUGUUAUCACAUUAGCUGUAACUGAAAUGGUAAAAAGGAACAGCCUCCCCCUCCACCUCCAUCUUUCUUUCCCCUUGUUAUCCUUUCCAGUUUCUAGAUUUUACUAGAAAGUCAAAAGAAAACACAAUCUGAUUUUGACCGGGGUUUGCCGGAGGAGAUGGAAGUGCCAAGCGACGACACUGUUUUGAUCGAGAAAGGAAAGAAGGCAGGAGAUCCUCACGUGAUCACCGUUAAUUGUCCCGACAAGACCGGCCUUGCCUGCGAUAUUUUUCAUGUAAUUCUUGACUAUGGACUUUACAUUACCAAAGGAGAUGUUUCAACUGAUGGGAGAUGGUGCUACAUGGUAUUCUGGGUGGUUCCACACUCACGGUCCAUUAUAAGAUGGACUCAUUUGAAGAACAGACUUUUAUCUGUAUGCCCUCCAUGUUCGGUCUCCUUUGACUGGAACCAGCAGCAAUCCAAGUCUUGUCCGGUUUACUUGUUGAAGUUCUUUAGUCUCGACAGGAAAGGAUUGCUGCAUGAUGUUACUCAGGUUUUGUGUGAGCUGGAGCUAACAAUCCAGAGGGUCAAAGUUACUACAACCCCAGAUGGCAGAGUCUUGGACCUCUUUUUCGUUACGGAUAAACUGGAGCUAUUACACACAAAGCAACGACAAGAUGAGACAUGUGAACAAUUGCAUGCUGUACUAGGUGAAUCAUGUAUCAGUUGUGAACUUCGAUUGGCAGGACCCGAGUAUGAAUGUCUUCAGGGCAUGUCUUCUCUUUCUCCUGUUAUUGCAGAUGAAUUAUUUCAUUGUGAGAUAUCAGAUAAAGAAAUCCAUUCACAAGCUCUUAGCCUAGAUAUGAUGAAAUUGAAAAGGACAGAUGUAGUGAUAGACAACUCACUGAGCCCUGCUCAUACGCUGCUUCAAGUGCGAUGUGUUGAUCACAAGGGUCUUCUUUAUGAUGUGAUGAGAACUUUAAAAGACUGCAAUAUACAGAUAGCUUAUGGUCGAUUCUCCCUGGUGACCAAUGGUCAUCGUGAUUUGGACCUAUUUAUUCAGCAAAAGGAUGGAAAAAAGAUAGUUGAUCCUGAGAAGCAAAGUGCCUUGUGUUUCCGUUUGAAGGUUGAAAUGCUUCAUCCAUUACGUGUUAUUAUAGCAAACCGAGGACCUGAUACUGAACUUCUAGUUGCUAAUCCAGUCGAGCUCUCUGGAAAGGGAAGACCCAGAGUAUUCUAUGAUAUUACACUUGCUCUAAAAGCACUUGGGAUCUGCAUAUUUUCGGCUGAAAAAGGAAGUUAUUCAACCUCUGAUCGUGAAUGGGAGAUAUACAGAUUUCUUCUAGAGGAGAACUGCAAAUUUCAGUUAUCAAAUAUGAUGGCUAGAAAUCAGAUUGUGGAUACAGUUAGAAGAACACUGAUGGGUUGGUGAGUUUAUUCAUUUUGUGUGUACUUUGGUCCUCGUAGCUGUCGCCUUCCUAAGAUUUUCCGCUUGGCUCUGCAUUUUAUGGUAUGCAGACCAUUUGUACAGUGUGUACAAUCCAAUUUAUGUUAUGUAAAGACGGCUUGUACUCUCAAAUCACCUUACACUUACUGGUCGAGAGGUUAUACUGUGGUCUUAUUUCCUCUUGAUUGUGAAA